AUGGAAUCUUGUGCACUUUGUUCGAAACAAAUUAAUUCUGAAGGCAAUAUUUCAGCUGCUUGUGGUCACAAAGUUCAUUUAGCAUGUUUGGUGCCUUAUUUCUUGACUAAGAAUUUAUGCCCCAGCGAUGGGUGUGGUUUGGAAAUUGUACGGGAAAUUACAACUGUAUCGGAAAGUGGCAAAACUAAAACUAUGUGUUAAACGAAGUCAUUCUGCUUCAACUUGUUCUUAUGAAUUGGCUGCUAAAAGGAAAUCUGAG